AUGUUCACACUACGAGCGCCGUGUCAGAUUCCUCGCAUCGUCUUUCAACACGAGGCGGCCCAACGAAGUCAUCUCGUGGAGUCACGAGGCCGCCCAACGAAGUCCUCUCGUGGAGUCAAGAGGCGGCCCAACGAAAUUGGAAACCUCUGGGACUAUAAUGAUAUGAAAGAAGAGUAUAAAGAGGAGGAUGAGGAGUAUGGAGUGAUGAAGGAGCUUUCUGAAGGACACAAGGAUCUCUACAAGAACAUUAUGGUGGAGCCACCUAGUAAGAGGAACCCACCAGAGAGAUGUCCCCGUCCUCUGUAUUCCCGGGAUUCCACACAGGAAGAUCUCACCAUCCCCCACCAUGAUCAGGGUGAAGAUCUGAUGAAGGUGAAAGUUGAGGGUGACGUAGAAGAGACGUAUGUGAGGGAUGAUCAGCGACAUACGGAGGAGGAUGGAAUGAUGAGGACACUCAUAGAGGAGGACACUCCUACAGAGAUCAACACAGGACACGCCAUGGAGAAACCCUCAAAGGAUCCUCUGACUUUAUCUCCAGGUUGUAAGAUGGAAGAUGAGGACAUCACAGCAGAUUGUGCGGGAGAAGAGACAAUGAGCUCAGCUAUGGAUGGUGGACUUCACAGUGUGCAUAGAGCAUGGAAUCCCUCUGACUCUGAGCAACCUCGUCCUGUGGGGGAUGGUGCCGGCAUUCAGGAAAAGAGAUUUCCCUGCCCCGAGUGUGGGGACAUUUUUAGAUUUAAACUCAGCCUUUCUGUGCAUCUGAGAUCUCACAAUCAUGAGGAGGUUCAUCCCUGUUCUCAGUGUGGGAAACAUUUUCCUUGUAAAUCACAUCUGGUCAGGCAUCAGAGAUCUCACACGGGGGAGAAGCCGUAUUCCUGCACCGAGUGCGGGAAAUAUUUUUCACACAAGUCUUCCCUUUCUGUACAUAAAAGAUUGCACACGGGUGAGAAGCCAUUUUCCUGCCCCGAGUGUGGAAAAAGUUAUACACAGAAAUCAGAACUUAUUGUACAUCAAAGAUCUCACACAGGGGAGAGGCCAUUUUGUUGCCCUGAGUGCGGGAAAAGUUUUUCGGAUAAGACCAAACUUUCCAGGCAUCAGAGACUGCACACGGGCGAGAAGCCACAUGCCUGCCAUGAGUGCGGAAAAUGUUACACACGGAAAGCGGACCUUGUUAUACACCAAAGAUCUCACACAGGGGAGAAGCCUUUUUGCUGUCCUCUAUAUUCCUGCCCUGAGUGUGGAAAGCGUUAUACACAAAAAUCUGAAUUUGUAAUACAUCAAAGAACUCACACAGGGGAGAGGCCAUAUUGCUGCCCUGAGUGUGGGAAAUGUUUUUUAGAUAAGCCCAGACUUUCCAGACAUCAGAAAUUGCACACGGGUGAGAAGCCACAUGCCUGCCAUGAGUGCAGAAAAUGUUAUACGCGUAAAGCAGAUCUUGUUAUACAUCAAAGAUCUCACACGGGGGAGAAGCCUUUUUCCUGUUCUGGGUGUGGAAAAGGUUUUCCAGGAAAAUCCACUCUUAAUGAACAUCAGACAUGUCACACAAGCCACAACGGCCACCUCGCAGUUUCCGGAUCAGUGCUCCACGACUACAGCUUUGCGGACUAUCUGGACCCCACGCUACACGGACAACGAUGGGCCGGCCUGUCCCUGAAGACCCUCUUCCAGAGGAGGUAUGCCCAAGUGAGCGAAGCCGAGGUUGGUCACGGUGUGUGGCUGCAGACUCUCCCGGAGGCAGGGGUCUUUACCAAGAUCCUAGCUCCACUUACCUCUCUUACUAUCUCGGGGAGUUCACUUUUUGGGUUGGACGACCUUCUCCUAAAGGCUCUGCCUGCUCUGGCAUUGCAGCACGAGGUCUGUCACAUGCUGGAAUGCUUUUGCUGGGUUCUGAAUUUUCAGAAGUCUUCGUUGGAGCAAACUCACAGACUGGACUAUCUGGGUCUGCUUCUGGAUGCAGUCCAGGGCAAGGAGUUUCUUUCUCCAUCAGAAAAGUUACGGAACCUCCGGUCUCAGGCAAGGAAUCUGAGGUCCAGGAAAUAUCCCUCGGUGAGCUUCACCAUAAGGGUCUAUGGUCUGAUGGAAGCCUCCUUAGAGGUGGUUCCUUGUACUUCGUUUCACUCCAGGCCAUUACAACUGAGCAUUCUGCGUGAGACAGACUCAGUCUUUGGACUGUCCUGCUUGUCUAUAAGGAUAUCGCUCUCUCGCUGUUGGAUCACAUUUCCUGGGACAAUGGGAAGCUUUACCGGCAGCCAACACACACGGCAGGUGAAGAGGCAGCCCUGA